AUGUCGACCGUCGACCCGUUCGUGUAUCCGAUGAUCGCUCGCUCGCUCGCUCUCUUCGCGCUGAGCUUCGUCACCGCCGCCGACCGACGCGAGGACGACGCGACGUUGCGGUUGGAACUGACCUUGACCACGCGCGUGGCGUCGGCGAGCGCGACGCUUCGCGUCGCUCGUCGGACAAUGUCGCAUCCCGAAGCGUUCAUGCGCGCCUUCGCCGAAAUGCUCGACGCGUACGGUCUCGAACAGACGAAGAUGUUUUCACACGCGACGCUGUUCGUGCCGACGGCGUCCAACUGCGCGGUGCGGUUCGCCAAGAGUCUCGGCGCCGAGUGGAGCAGACAGGUCGUCGAGAGCGUCGGAGACGAAGUUCAAUGUUGGUUGAUACUGGAUUUUGAAUGGUCGGGCGCGCAAGAUUCUCGAACAACUUUCUUGCGGGACACGUUCGGGCUGUUCUUGAAUGGAUUGCGCGCGGCGAUGUUGUUUGUUGAUAUUGGAGCGCGAGUCGACGAAGUCGUGUACGACGACGAACGAUCGACGGCAAACGCGGCGACAGUAUUCGUGAACUGCGCUCGGCGAAUCGGGAUCUCGGAUUCGACCUGGGCCGCCAUCGUGCGCGUUGUCGUUGGUUCGAUCGAGAGUCGCCCCUUCAUCGACCGCGACGGUAUUUCGGUGUACAUCAACGGAAGUUUGAUGCCGUGGCGUCAGACUCGCGCCAUGGUUGAUCAUUUGUGGACGCUCGACGAACGAUUCAAAUCGUUUGGACUCCCUCCGCUUCGCCAAGAUCUCACUUUGGACGCCAAUGCCGAGCACGUCGUAUACUUUGCGCCACCUUGUGAGACGACAACGACGACGACGUACGUGCGCCGCGUCACGAUACACUUUCUCUCCACCGCGGCAAAGCCCGCCGACGUGGUUUGCUCGGCGUUUCCGCUCGCGGGUGUCGCCGACGCGAUGAAAACCACGAUGACUUCCGAUAUUCCGAUACGCGUCAGCGCAGAGUUGUCCACCGCGGGCAUGUUCGACGCCCUGCAAAUACUGAAACGCGACGAUCCGAUGCGAUUUAGCUCGGCGGAGGAGAAGGAAUUCAUUGAGACGAGCGAUCGCAUCGGCCGGGGCGUGCUCGCGAUUUUAGAAUCGCCCUCGAGCGACGUCGCGCGAGACUUUUGCUCGCAGCGCGAUGCGGAUGAUGAAGACUGGCGACGAAAGGUGCUGAGUAACCUUCGAUCGAGUCGCGUGUACGCGGCGAAUUGCGUGGAGAUGAAGUGA